AUGUUCUGUGGUGCCAUAAGUCCAUAACAUCGUUAGUCGUGAGUGUCGUGACAACUACGUUGUAAUCGCUCUAAAAGUUUAAUGUGUUUAAAAACUUCGAUAUUUGCUAUAGAGAUCACAAUUUGUUUGUGUAUCAGUAAAUAAUUUCGCAGCAGUUGCAGUGUCAUUCAUUCGACUCGUAGUAGUCGUAGUAUACAUACGUUCUAAUUGUAUUCAUGUUCUUUAUCUGCACCUAUUUACAUUAAUGACAUUGCCUAUAUUUAUAUUUUGAAUGAAUAAAAAAAAUAUUGAAACAAAGUGUCGAAAGUUUGGAAGAACUGGCCACUGGGAAGAACAUAUUGUGUGUCACUCGACAUUACACUCAUCGCACACAUCACACUCUAAACAUAUCAAUUCUUAACCUUAACGUGCUCGUAAUUUCACUCAUUCAACUUCGAGUUGAAAAAAACGGAUAUAACCUAACCAUAAAAGCUAUAGUUUUCCUUCGUCAUUUUUUGCUUGAAUUUAUGCGUAUAUAUAUCGAAUGAAGCUCGAAAGCUAUGGAUUCCGAUGAUAAUGGCCCUGAAACACCCAAGAAGAAGAGAGCUCCUAAUAAUUCUUGGCGAAAACAAGCAUUUACUACGGCUUGGUUACAAAUUCCAGAGUUCAGUGGUUGGUUGACUCCAUGCGAUGACGAUAAAUAUAAAGCCAAAUGUAAAGCGUGCAAUAAAAUUUUAGUAGCAGGCCGAAGCGAUUUAAAGAAACAUGCAGACACAUCAAUACACAAGAAACAUGUAAAGAACAAACAAACAAAUUUAAACAUUCAAACGUUUGUACAAAAACCAAUAGAACAUGAUGUGAUAACUGCCGAGCUUCGAUAUGCACUUCUUGCAGUUGAACAUAAUCUUAGUUUUAAAGCGUUAGAAGGUAUUAUUACAACUACAAAAAGUAUUUUCAAUGAUAGUAAGAUUUCUAGCUGUAUUAAAAUGAAAAGACUAAAAUGUACAAAUUUAAUUAACUAUUUACUGGCUAAUGAUAUUAAAAUUCAAUGUGAUGAAGAGUUAAAAGAUAAUGUUUUUUCUAUAUUAAUAGACGAAAGCACUGAUUCAAGCAAUGACAAAAACCUGUGCAUACUAGUCAGAUAUUAUAAAAAUGGUAAGUGCAUUACGCACUUAUUAGAUUUAAUAAAAAUGCUCGCAGAUGGAGGUAUUGCAGAAAAUAUGUACAAAACAUUUGUUGAAUGUUUAAAAAGUCACAAUUUAAGUAUUAAUAAUAUUGUAGGCUAUUGUAGCGACAAUGCUAACGUAAUGAUGGGAAAAAUGAAUUCUUUUCAAUCCCGUUUAAUUAAAGAUAACCCUAAUAUAUUUAUAUUAGGAUGUAUUUGUCAUUCUGCGCAUUUAAUCGCAAGUCAUGCUGCAGAUGAGUUACCUAAAAACGUAGAAAGCUUAAUGCAUUCUCUAUAUUCAUAUUUUUCACGAAGUCCAAAACGACAAGCAAUCUUAGAAGAAAUACAACUUGUUAUGAAACAAGAAAAACAUCGAAUGAUUAAUCCCAGCAAAACAAGAUGGUUAGCCCUUCGAAAAUCUGUAAACAGAAUUUUAGAACAGUGGACUGUUUUGCAGCAAACAUUUUUACUUGCCGGCAUUGAAGACAAAAAUCCAAUGGCUGAUUUAUUAUUAAAAGAACUAAAUAAUCCUUAUACUAAAGCCUACUUUGAGUUCAUGCAAUAUGUUCUUCCAUGUGUCCAAACUUUCGACACUUUGUUUCAAUCUGAAAGUUGUUUAAUUCGAUCCUAACUUAUAUACGGAAUCUAUACGAUUCCUACGUUUAUUAUGUUCAAACUUUAUUAAACCCGAUUAUUUAAUGCAAGAACAUAUUGAAAAUCUGAAUUUAAAUAAUACUCACAUUUUUUUACCCAUUGAAAAUAUGAAUAUUGGCAAUGCAGCAAAGAUGACUCUUUCAUUAUUAGAAGAUGAUGUUAAUAAUCAUUCAAACAUUUUGCUAGUUUAAACUAAGAUGUUUAAGAUUUUACAAAACUGCUGCAGAACAA